UCCGCCUCGGCCGGGCGAACAGAAAGUGAAAGAAUCGGCUUCAGGAAGCAGAAGAGCUUAUUCACUCCGCUCCCUCUCCGCGCUGUCUGUCCGGGUCUCUCUCUCUCAGAGUCUCUCUCCGGGUCUCUCUCCGGGUCGCUCUCUCUGAGUCUCUCUCCGAGUCUCUCUCUCCGAGUCUCUCUCUCUCCGUCCGGGCUCAGUCUGACGUGUUGAUGCUGAUCUCGCGCUGUAGUCUUUAAUCAUGUCUCGCGGAGCGAACGCAGGGUUUGAUCGACACAUCACCAUCUUCUCUCCCGAAGGGCGCCUCUACCAAGUCGAAUAUGCCUUCAAGGCCAUCGCCCAGAGCGGCCUGACCUCCGUGGGCAUCAGAGGAACAGACUGCGCUGUAGUCGUCACACAGAAGAAAAUCCCGGAUAAGCUUCUGGAUGCUUCUACUAUUACAAACAUGUUCCGCCUCACGUCGCGCAUCGGAUGUGUGAUGACUGGACAUUAUGCGGACAGCCGCUCGCAGGUCCAUCGUGCUCGCAUCGAAGCUGCCGAGUGGAAGUAUAAGUUCGGUUACGAGAUCACGGCGGACAUGCUGUGCCGACGCGUCGCGGACAUCUCUCAGGUUUACACACAGAACGCUGAGAUGAGGCCGCUCGGCUGCUGUAUGAUCUUGGUGGCGAUAGACCCUCAGCUCGGCCCCGUGCUGUACAAGUGUGACCCGGCCGGGUAUUUCUGCGGGUUCCGGGCCACAGCCGUCGGCGCCAAACAGACGGAGGCCAACAGCUACCUGGAGAAAAAGCUGAAAAAGAGGCCAGAGCUCACCUUCGACAGGACGGUGGAGAUGGCGAUCUCCUGCCUGUCGUCCGUUUUAUCGCUGGACUUCAAGUCCAGUGAGCUGGAGGUGGGCGUGGUUAGUAAAGAGAACCCCAAAUUCAGAACUCUAACUGAGGAGGAGAUCGAGGUUCACCUGGUGGCCAUAGCUGAGAGGGAGUAGACAGCUGUGUUUCGGACACGCCCCCUUCUCCAGUCAUUAUAAACCACACCCACCGAGGGGCGGGGCCUGAGGACGGGAAAGUGAACCUCCCUCACGUUUUAACCUGCUGAUUGAAUAUAGCUCUUUUUUACAGUAAUCAUUUCUACAGGAAACACUGUACAGUGUUGAGGUUUUAAAGAGGCGCCGACUCGGAUUAGAUUAAAUAUCUGUUACCAGCUGAAAACCUGAUUCAUUACCUUUAUUUAGAGACCCUGUCUGUGUUUUAGAGCCUCACUCAAAUAAAACUCCACACAGAAACGAA